AUGUCAAGGCGAGAACAGCAACAGGAGAGGAAUGAAAGCGCUACUCCUAGACAACAACUGACCGAGAAAGAGUCAAGGGAUUUUCGAUGGAUUCACGCCCCCGUCCACAAUAUGCAACUGGCCGAGGUAACUGCUCCAAUGAACAAAGCUGGAAGGACAACCCAAGGAGAAACUUCGAAUAUGACGGACCCUGCCGGUGAGGAUGAAGAAUCAGCAGCGCUUUAUAUCGGAGAGUUGUUUUCGAAGUCUGGUGGAAUCGAAGUUUCAUCUAAAGCAGCACCAUCGACCACAGAAUCAAAAGAGAAUGGACUCGCGUUGAAUGUUCAUGAGCGUAGGACUCUCGAUCAAUACCACUACAGCAUUGUGGCGGAUACCACAAUCCGAGACCGCGAACAGGUCCUUUCUCGAUACCUGGAAUGGCGAAACAGUGGAAACCAUCCGAUGACCCAUUCUCGCAAAGGGAAAACAGAAGUCGGGACUUCCAGCGGACUAUCUCGGAAGGUUCCAGUGCUUUCAGUCGAUCAGCUGUGGCUAUGGAUUGUUGAUGACGUUACCAUCGUGACUGCCAGCACAUGCGACUUUGAGUCCUUUGACGAUCUCGUUUUGGAAGAGCUGGUGUUCAGUGAGUCGCGGGGCAAGCAUCCUAGUCCGAGGACAGCUCCUGAAAUGAUGGAAACUAUUUUGAGAGUCAUCACGGGUCCGCAGAUGCAAAGUGUCAGCGUCAAAGGCAACCACAAUCUGAAGCAGCCCCUGGAGAUCUUUCGGGAUACAAUUCGACUCGUGGCCGAAGAGGAAACUAAAAUGACGAGGGCUUUCAUUGAAGAGGUCGUCGGCGCAUCGACUGGCGCCUAUCCCCUGCCCAGGCGGGACUUGGGCUUGGAGUUCCAACUACUGUACGAGAUCAAGGACAUCCAGAAUGAGUUGGAUAUCCUUCUCGCACUGACCAAAACACAAGAGUCGGUGUGCUCUUCAAGCUACCCUACCUCAAUGGAGGAUCUUGCACCCUCUAUGCGCGCUCUGCGCAUAGAGAUACUGGCCGUGCAGCGAGAGGCUCAAAGUACACGAGAAUCAAUCAACACACUUCUGGAUAUCCGCCAGAAACAUACAGGUAACCAAGACGCCGAAUUCGGACGACAGCAGGCUUAUACCACCAUGGUCUUCACUAUUGUUACGAUUGUAUUUCUUCCCCUCUCCUUUCUUACAUCCCUUUUUGCACUAAACGUCGCUGUCUUUCCCGAAUCCCCUUAUCCCAACCAGUGGAUCUUUCCCAUUCUGUUCGGGUGUUCCGCCGCCUUUUCCAUUCCAGCGAUUGUGGUCGCUCUCAAUGUGAACGAGUUGGAGGAAGGAAGCCAAGGACGCGGACAAUUCACCACUGGAGACCGUCCCUCGUGGUGGAGGAAUGUCGAGUAUCGUUACAGCUCUGCAAAGAAUGGGUCCAUCUGGAGGUUCCUUGCUCGCUAG